AUGGUUGUGAGAAUGACUUACGUCUUACAGCGCAGGGUGUCGCUGAAAACUGGCACCGGGUUUACUGGGCUUGAAUCAAAAACACGCAGAAGCGGGCUCUUGGCUGCUCUUGCUCAAGGAGGCAGGCUGAGGAAAUGUGUUUCAACUAAACAGUGCGGGAACACCCCGAGGAAAGCAAACGAGCGGUGUAUUAGCCUAGGGGGGGUUAACUACGGCACGGAAGCCCUUCCUUGCGCAGCCCCGCCGUGCUCUGCCGUAGCCUUGGGCGAGGGGCGGGGAGCCGGGCCGGGCCCGCUGCCGCCGGGGAGCGCAGCCCCCGCCCCGCCUGCCGGGCGGCCCCGCCGCGCCUCCCGGCUCCGCUCCCUCACCGCGCUGGGCUUCCCCGCGGCCGGCGGGCGGGAGGAGCCGCCGUUUCCGCUGGGUGUCACUCUGGGGUGGGAGAGGCGCGUUCAAAAGCGGAGGGGAGGGAAAGCCCGCCGACAACCCCGGCCGCCCGCUCUGGCAGCGCCCGCCGCUCGCCACGCCGCGGCACGGGCGGCAGCCGCUCCGCUUCCUGCGGGCUGGGGCACUCCCGGCCCUCCGCCUCGGAGCCGGCGCCCGGCGGAGAGUGCUCGGCUGGUGCCGGCUGCCCCCCGAGCCCAGCCCCUGCGGGCGGAGGCCGUCUAA